AUGAAGUACACCAUUCCAACGCUGAUGGCUCUUAGCCAGGUGACAGACGUGGUCUGCAACUGGACAUCCAACGCUCGAGACUGCAAUCUGCUUCGUCCUGGCCUGAGCCAGAGACCGACACUCAGAGAGAAUUCUCCAAACAUUGACACUGUCAGCUCGGCCGCAGCCCAACAGUCACGCAAAGGCGGUCGCUCAAAAGCAGAGUCGCACUGUCCACCAAGCACGACCACACAUACACCUUCGAAACCUUCUUUCACUCCAACAGACGCGGGCUUUGCUCGCUUCUUGCAAGAACAUUCUUCGCCCACUCACCAACGAGUCACAGCUGGAGGUCGUAUUGUCGCAAUGAGCCACCCAGCCAGGCCAUCACAAAUGAUUGCCGAAAUGUCCGAAGAUGGCUUGGAUCCUCCUGGAAAUUUCAUGGAAGCGGUCGAAAAUGGCCACGGUAUGGCAAACGACUACACUAUGAUGAACGGAAACCCUAUGAUCGACGGCCACGACAUGGCAAACGGCCACGGCAUGAUGAAUGGUCACCCUAUGGUGAACGGGCACGGCAUGAUGACUGGUCACCCUAUGGUGAACGGUCACAACAUGAUGAACAAUCACGGCAUGCUCUUUGAAGAACCUAGGCUCUUUGAACAAGUUAGGCUCUAUGACCUGGGCUGGCCCGAUGACCGACACUUGAUCAAUUACCAAGACAUGGCAAACGAAGACCAAAUCCAGACUGCCCCUGUGUCUGCUCCUGUGUCUGCUCCUGUGUCUGCUCCUGUGUCUGCCCCUGCACCUACGCCCACACCAGCCCUGCCAUCUUUGAAUCCCGAGGCGCCAGCGUUCUUGCUCCAUGGCGGUGAGAUCCCCACUGUCAAUGCAGCUCGCACGAACGCCGAGCACUAUCCGGGCGAGGCAGUGAACAUCGCCCGAAAUGUCAACCAGCCAAUCGCUGCGGCUGGCCCAGAUUUUGAGAACUCGGCUCUGAUUUGGCCACCCUUUUCUCAGAACGAUAUGUCUGAUAACGACCGUCAGGCAUUCAUACAAAUCCGAACGCAGCUCGCAGCGCAAUUCAUCGUCUCACCUGUUCGCGUGUCCGACCUGCCAACAGGCGCUAUACUGCGCGGAAAUCCUGUUCUGCCUUUCCGGCCCCGCCAGCCUAUCCCUGUUGUUUUCGUUGACGCUGAGCUGCGCCAUCCGGAAUUCAUCACCCCUCUGGGCUUGUACUGGGCCCUCCUCACUGAGAUCUUCCGUGUGACCAAUGAGGGUCAAUCUCAGCCUCCGGACCACGUGCAGUAUUGCACCAACCUGAACACCUUGGUGUGGCUUGUUCACGAUCCGCGGGAUGCAUAUGAGGCAUUCAUCUUGCUUCAUGCCUUAGAGUGGGUCAAGUACCAUCGCCGGCUGUUUGACGACUUGAUUGCGUCGGUGGACCGUCGCCGGGCGACUAUGGAGGGUCCCGAUCGCCUUCUCACAAAUGAGCGGGUGAACUAUGUGAACUUGAGGGCCCAUGUCAUGGAGGCCAUCGGACGGCUCGAGCAGGCGUUGGAAAACGCACAUCAUUCCCAGGGCUGCCCCUUCUGGCGCACUUUAAUCUCCCUGGCCUUGGGCGGUCGCGUCGUGGUGGACCCAGAGCACAGUCCAGCUCGUUAUGGCCCGAGUGACGCGCCAAGUGAGGAUGGGCGUCACGAGGGCCCAGAGGACGUGUUUCCUGGCGAUGACGAAGCUCCGGAAGAUGAGGACUUUUCGGAGUCUGCAUCCUCCCGCAACAAUUCCGCACCGGGAGACGACCCCGCCGGCGCAAUCGGCCAGGCGGACUCAGAGGUGGACCGCACCGAAUCUGGCCCCGUAGUCAACAGCGGGACCUCUCAGUCGGACGAGACUGAGAGCCAGCCUGUUCGGGGACCAGCCGAGGGUGGUCUGGAGGGCGUUGCCAACGCCGCAGGGCGGUUGGCGGAGGCAGGUGGCGGCGGCGAGUCCUCGUCGCAAUCGGCAGAUGUCGAGGUCAGGCCCGAUGAGGGCGAGCAGGAAGUCCUCCCUGCAGAAUUGAGGGAGUUGAGCGUUGAACGCGACGCUCCUGUCGCCCUGAAGGAGCCUUCGGGCUCAGAGGUAGUCGAAAACUACCUUAACGAGUCGGUCAUCACGCCGGCCAGGAUUACGGCGGCCGUGAGCCGCAUCGAUGCCCACGCCGACAAGGGCAGAUUGUCGGAUGUCGAGACGGAGCUGGCCCGGUUGCGGGGUUGA